UUGGAUUUUAAAGUUACUCAAAUAAGAAUAAAAUAUAUCAUUUAUUUUAUCCUGCACUUUAAGUUUAUUUCGGAAUUAAUGUAUACGCGGCACAUGUACAUGUAUGUGUAUCAACGCAAACUUUGUUAAGCUGUUUGUGCAGUCAAUGAUAUAUUAAGUCUCUAUAACAGUUACUUGGGCGCCUGCUACCAGCAUCUGCUCAUCUCUAGUUGUUGUUAUUUGGUGGUGCGUUGAAUUCAUAUUUGUUUUCGAUUGUAGCAUUUAAACAAACUAGAAAAGAAGACUAAUAGACAAAAACAUGGCUAAUGUUGAGUCGAUGAUUGUGGAAGAGAAGACACAGAUCAAGCAAAUUGAUCGCGAGAAGACCUGUCCGCUGUUGCUGCGUGUGUUUUGCUCCACGGGUCGGCACCACUCUGUAUCCGAGUAUAUGUACGGCAAUGUUCCCACCAACGAGCUGCAGAUCUACACCUGGCAAGAUGCGACGCUGCAUGAGCUUACCUCACUGGUGCGCGACGUAAAUCCGGAUACGCGCAAAAAGGGCACCUACUUUGACUUUGCGAUUGUAUUCCCCAAUUAUCGCAAUAAUCAUUUUCAAAUGCGCGAAAUUGGUGUCACCUGCACUGGUCAGAAAGGCAUCGACGAUAACAAGACGCUGGCUCAGGCCAAGUUCAGCAUUGGCGACUUUCUGGAUAUCUCCAUAACGCCACCAAAUCGCAUGCCGCCCACACGACGUCAGCGCCCCUAUUAAGUCAGCGGAACUUACAGGCUAUUGAUAUAAUUUUUCACUUUAAAUAAUAAUAAAGUACAGACAGAUUAGUAAAAUUAA